AUGUUGCAGUUGAAAGUAAUCAUGUGGAAAUCUUUGGAACGAGGAAGUUCUCCAGUUGAUUGGUGCGAAGGAAACUAUAGAAUAUCACCUGUGAUUGCAGAAUUUGUCAACACAAUUAGCAAUAUUUUAUUUUUUCUUUUACCCCCACUCAUGAUGCAUUUAUUUCGAGAUUAUGGAAGAUUUGUUAAUCCAGCCAUACACGUUAUAUGGUUUUUCCUCAUUGUUGUCGGAAUUUGUUCUGCAUACUUUCAUGCAACUUUAAGUCUUGCUGGACAACUAUUAGAUGAAUUAGCUAUCUUAUGGUUAUUUUUAGCAGCUUUUACAAUGUUUUAUCCCAGGAGAUUUUUUCCAGCGGUUUUAAAAAAUGACAGAUUGUGUUAUUUGGUUAAUGAAAUAUUAUUUAUUUUUUUGCUCAAUCGUCAAUCAAUCGAUAAAUAUUAUAUAAAAGCUUUCGCUUUGAUAAGAAUAAGAAAUGUGCUGGACAUUUAUUUCAAUUCUUUAUUCGACAGAGUAAAAUGCCCUCGAACAUACAGACUUGGAAUAAGGUGUGCCUGCUUGUGGAUAUUUGCCGUUAUAUGUUGGUUUAACGACAGAAUGUUUUGCGACGUUUGGUCGGCCAUACAUUUUCCAUACUUGCACGCAUUUUGGCACGUGUUCGUUUUUCUAGCUGCUUACACGGCUGCCGUUUUAUUCGCGUAUUUUUCCGUUCAAGAUGAAAAACCUGAACAGGCAGCCAUACUCAGGUACUGGCCGAGAGAUGAUUUCGAAUUAGGAAUUCCAUACGUAGCAAUAAGGUGUUACACUAGCACAAAGCCUGCUAAUACAAUAUGA